AUGAACAGUGACGUAUGUGAAACUAUUGAUCCUGACAGUCAAAUUGCGAAGGCAAUGGAUGAGGAAGAUUCAGAGCCAAGGAUAGCAAGGAUUCGUGAAAAUCUUGUUGAUGGUCUUGGUCCAUUCGAUCUGAUGGCUGACAUUAUUGUCGGUUCACAACAUGGUCCAAAUAAUUCGGGUCUAUUUGGUGUUGUUCAAUCACCGAUUAGACCAUUACGUCCAUCUUUUGUGCCAUCAUCAUCAAUAUCAUCAACGUCAGAGUCACAAAUGACUGCUACUCAAAUGGCACAGAAGAUGCAAAGUGUUAUUGAUGUACCAUUAUCAACAAUCCACACUAACCUUCCAUUUAAAAAGAACCAAGAACGGAAAAAUAAUCCAGUGAGAGAUUCGGAAGCAACCGCACUUGCUAACUUCGUGAAUACUAACACUAGUAACAAUAGACCUUUGACAACCUCGAGUCGUACCGACGAUAGUUCAUGUAGGAAAAGGAAAAGGAGAAGAAGUGACUGCAACAAAACGGACACGGAAAAUUGGCAGAAACCAUGCACAAGCAAUACAACAGCAAAAGUGAAUGUUUUGAUUUAUGUAUGGAACAUUCAAAAGAGGGCUUGUUUAGAAAAGCUUGCAAAUGAUAUGUAUGGGAAACAGAAAGCGAAGAUGUUGUUGCUGCCGAUGGAAUGCGAUGAUAGCAGAAUGACGAUUAGUGAGUUAUUUGGUGAAGAAAAAUUGGAAAAUGGAGAUGCAAAGAAGCGACCUAUCGAUAUGUUGAAAAACAUGGAAAAAAAGAUAGUUAAGUGGGAGAAAGAAGAGCAAGAAAGUCCGGAUUCUGGAUUUGCUGAUGAAAUAAACGACCAAAAUCGCGAACAAUUUCAUCGACCGCGUUUGCAAACUAUUAUCGGCGAACUGGGUUAUAUUUCACCACUUUUAACUCCUCCACGACAUCCACAAAAAAGUGAAGGUCCGACACUUCCAGUUAUCAUAAAUCUGGACCAUCUAGGUUUAGCAGAGCUUCAGCGAAUCAAGGAUGUGUUUAUUAAGAAUGCUCCUGCCUUUUUGUCAACAGUCUCUGUGCCCAAUUGUGUUCUAUCGCCUCCAAUAGUUCCAACAUCAAGAAACGAACAAGAUGCAACGUUACAGCUUUGCAAUUCGGAUUUUAAACCGGUAUCAAAAAAUACCACAAUAGGCAACAAUGACAACAGCAUUACCAACCGCAAAAGACAAAUUAUUCAUAGUGCAGGUGCAACGCCAUCAUCAUCAUCUACGAAAGAUUUCAAAAAGGAUAAUAUUCAGUGUUAUGGUUCAACAUCUAGUAAUGACUGGAAACAGGAAUUGGCUACAUUAAAAAAUAAUGACCUCAAAAUUACGCUCGUUAAGAAAUUUGUGAAACAAUACGAUAAAGCAUACGUUACUCCAUCUGCCGCCUCUAGCAUCAAGGAAAAUGAAAAAAGGAGGAGGAAAGACAGCUCAGCUCCUCCGAAUAGCAGCAGUGAACAAUUCCCAAGCACUUCCAAACCGGGAAAAAAAUCUGCUCAGUUGAAACCUGUUUCAUACGUUCCAAAUAGUAAACCAGACAAUGUUCUAAGAGGAAAAGACAAGAAAGAGGGUUUGGAUGGUGAAAACUCCAGAGAAAAAGAGAAGUUCGUGCCAUCUCGCAUGAAAGAUUGUGAUGGAUUGAAUGAUCAACCUGGUGAUGGUAUCACAAUAACACAUAUGCGUGAUUUAAAGAAAAAACAAGUAAAUGACGCUGCCGUAAAUUUUGCUACUAAUGAUAGCGGUCAAGUCGACAAUAUGCGUGUUAAAGUUACGAAAAUUGCGAAAUGCAAAGACGGCGAGGUGACACCAGCAAAAAAAUGUAAAAGGGAUAUGUGUUCAGGCAUUAAAUUUGCAGAUGGGGUGCAGGAAGUUGGUGGUGAUUUUAUUUGCUGCAGAAGCCGUACAACACCACGAAAAAGAACAGUAUUGGAAAAAAAUGACGAUGGUACAUAUAAAUGCGCCAAUUACUAUCUGGAUGAAGUUGCCCGACCGUUAAAACACAAGGCUGACAAAGAGAGUGGUGACCACAUACGGAAAACUCUUGCUUAUAUGGAUGCCGCUGUAUAUUUUAUACUUUCGUCAGCUACUGAACGAGAAAACAGACAACGACAGUACACGAUAGCGCGAGAUAGUGCUGAAUUGAUGAAAACGAUUAUCAAAUGGUCAAGUGCAUCAGCAGCUAGUCUUUCAUCACUGGAACGACAUUUCAUUAGUCGAUUCAAGAUAUUAUCAUUUCGGGUACAAGCUGUGCUAAAUUACUAUCUCUAUUCGCUCAAAAUGGGAAGUUGUAUGUCCAAUUUUGGCUUAUUGACGAAAUGGGAACCGCAAUUGACUGAAUUGGAUGCUGCAGCAAUACGCAACGAUGGUGCUGCAUCAGUUAGUUCACAGAGCGGUUCAUCUGCCAAUACAGAAACUCCUUCACCGGCCUCAUCAACAAACAGUGGCCAUGGUGAACGUCAGAAGGAAAUCAACGUACCAGUUUCUAUUUAUCAAGCCCAACGUUCGCAGCUGAGCAUCCUUCACCAUUUGAUGUGGUCCGAUCGGCUGUGGAAGCAGACAUCAACUAAAAUGAACAGCCCUGAACAAGAGAUGGUAAAACAUUUGGACCAAAUAUGUGGACCAUUGACUGUUGACUUAAGCUUACAUUCAUUAUCAGAAUAUCUGGCUACAGCAGUAACAUGGCUUCGUGCGGAAUACCGUGCAGAAAAGGAACAAUUAUCACCGUCAUCAUCAUUUUCGCAACAACUAUUGUGA